AGAUUGAUUUAGACCUCUGCUUGAAGCCCUCUACUCUGGCACAUGCUCUGCUCCGCCCGAAGUCCUCUGCUCCAGCAGGGGCGCCGCCCCAUCUCGAGCUCGCCCCGGGACCUUCCGCAUCGGCGCCGUCGCUGCCUUGCGCACCCGAGCCGCAUCCACCUUCAGCAAAUCUCGCGCCGCCGCCGCCUCCUUCCGUCCCUCGCGCGACAUUGAAGCCGCCAGACCAAGACCUAGGGUUGGAUGGGGAGCACGGAGGACUAUUUCAAGAACAACGGAAGGGAUUUCAGGGAAGAGAGGAAGGCACGAACCUUUGGCGCCAAAUGAUUUCUCCCCCGCGCGCGCAUCGGAUCCAUGGCUCGUCGUCUCCCCGCAGCAACCCCUGCAACGGGCGCCUUCACCGUCGCCAAGUCUGGGAGCACGGGCCGGCAGCCGUAGUCGAACGAGACGCCGGGUUGGCAGUCAAUGCAGGCUGCGAGGGGGGUUUCUGCAAAAAAUUUCUGCAUGUCGACGGGAAUCGCCGACCCGUUGUACCUGCCCUGAGUCGUCUCUUCCCACACGACCUCAGCGGUGAGCUCGAGCUACACUGGAGCUGAUUGCGUCAGUCAUCAGAGCUCUGCAUCUGAUUGUGGGGAAACGACGAACGAACAGCGGAUCGAUGGAUGCGGGCCUGUUGAGUGCAUUUGUAAAGAAACUCGUGGCGAGGUUGUUCGUGUUAGCGGAGGAGAAAUACAAGCUGUACAAGGGCUUUGAAGAUGUUCAUUUCCUGAUAGAAGAGCUUCCUAUGAUCACGAGUGCCAUUGAUGAGCAGCUCGCAGGGAAGGAUGAUCUCACAUUGCAUUUUAAGGUCAAAGAAUUGCACCAAUUGGCUCAAGAAAUGGAGGACUGCAUAGAUUGCAUCAUGUAUCGUGCCUCCAAGGAACAGCAACCAUGGUACUGUAUAAAUCACACAACUGGGAACAGGGUAAGAACCCGUUUGCAGUUAGCCAAGGAGAUGAAGAGACUCAAGAGAAGAUUGCAGGAAGCCCACCAGCACAAGGAGAGAUACCCAGUGCCCCGUCUGUCCCAUCCUGUGCUACCUCCAUCAUCCUCGGAUCGUCUCAUCGCUCAAGAAGAUCUGGUCGGCAUUGAUGCGCCUCUGAAAGAGCAUCUGGAGCACUUGGCGGAGGGGAAAGGUCAACGGAGUCAGCUGAACGUGAUCUCUAUCGUUGGGUUUUGUGGAUUGGGGAAGACUGUUCUUGCCCAAGAGCUGUACGACAGUGAGGUCGGCAGGCAAUUUGAGAAAAGAGCAUGGGUUUCCGCUGGGCAACGGAAUCCGGAGGUGCUGUUAAUGGAGAUUCUCCAGCAAGUGCAUGAGCCACCGUUGGUUAGCUCUGAUGCCCGCCAGCUUAGCAUUGAUCUCAGAAACUAUCUAAAGACCAAGAGGUAUUUCAUUGUAAUUGAUGACAUCCAAUCAGCGGAUCAGUGGAAUCGCAUAAAAACCGCCUUCCCGCGGCUACAAGAUGUUAGCAGCAGAAUAGUGGUAACAACAAAAUUCCAGUCAGUGGCGAAUACCUGCAGCUCUACCAAUGUCUAUGUGCACAGAAUGAGAAGACUUGAUGAGGAAUGCUCAAAGCAGCUGUUACUGAAGGAGUCGUGUCUGCAGGAAUAUUCAGAUUCCUCGCAGUCGGAUCCGAAGGUAAUAUUGGAUAAAUGUGAUGGUCAACCACUUGCUUUGACUGCCGUGGGUCAAUUCAUUCAAAGUAGAAAUUCAGUGGAGCAACCUGAAUGGGAAGGUGUUUGCAAGGACGUACGGUGUCAUUUGGACAGCGACGAUGCCUUAAAGAGAAUGCAUCAGGUGCUGACCCAUGACUACACCAGCCUUCCGACCCAUGAACUCAAGGCUUGCUUGCUAUAUUUUGCUAUGUUCCCCAGUGACCAUCGAGUCAGGGCGAAAAGGCUGAUGAGGCGAUGGUUAGCUGAGGGAUUUGUGGUACCAUCAACUUUAUGCAGCGAUCCAGCUGCUCAAAGUUUCAGGGAGCUCAUGGACCGCAACAUCAUCCAGUCUGUUGAUGUAAGCAACAACUUGAAGGUGAAAACAUGCAAAACUUAUGGCAUGAUGCAUGAGUACGUUGUGCGCAAGUCUCUCUCCGAGAACAUCAUUGCUUUGUUUGAUGAUGGAAAGCUCCAACCCAAACAUGCUCGUCGCCUUUCUCUCCAUGACAGCAGUAUUUCAGAUUCCUCCAAUCUGGAAUUUGAUCUAUCCCUAGUAAGAUCUCUAACAGUCAUUGGGGAGGCAGGACAAUGCAAGUUACAGACGUUAUCAGGAUUUCUUGUCGACGAAAGUGAAGGAUUUGCAGAGCUUAUGGUUCAUAUGAAUAAAUUACGAAAGAUGAAGAUCUGGUGCGAGUCAUCCGCAACAAGUAGUAGCUUGACUAAUGUUAAGAAGGCCAUACAGAAGUUCAUUCAUGAUGUAAAGGACCCAGCGGAUGACCCUCGUUCUUUGUCAGUCCAUUUUGAAGGAUGCUCCGAAGACUUGCUAGAAGGCUUGGAAGCUCCCUGCUAUCUUAGGUCGUUGAAAUUACAGGGUAACCUACCGAAAUUGCAUGAGUUUGUCACAGCACUUCGUCGACUCAGGGAAUUGUGCCUUCAAUCAACUAGAUUGACAGCUGAUCUUCUAACAGCUUUGGGUAAUUUGAAAGACCUGCUGUACCUGAAGCUGAUUGCAGAUAAACUUGAAGAGAUCACCUUUAGGGACAGGGCAUUGCCAAACCUGCUCUGCUUGUGUUUUGUGGUGAAACAUCCAACAUUUCCGAAGGUUGAAGAUGGUGCUUUGCCACAUUUCAUAUCACUUCAGCUGCUCUGCGAAAAUCUGGAUGACCAGUGCAUUGUCCAGAUCAAAGGCUUUACACGUCUGAGGGAACUAGUUCUUUAUGAUGAACUCAACACUGAUGUUAAAGCAAAUUGGAAGGACGAGUACAAAAAACUGGCAUCCAAAUGCCCGCCAGACGAGCCGAAAUUUGCUUCCAACAACAAGGGACAGCCAGUGGCUUGUGUUGCUCUAACUGGCUUGCCCAUUGCUGGGAUUGGCACAGUGUCUUCUUAA